GUGGGUCCCACACACGGUUCUGCUGUAGAAGUCAUCGGCGUCUCCUCCUCGAAGCUCCGCGCCUCUCCUCACCCGGGACAGGAAUAACGGGAUCCCGGGAGAAGUGAUGAGCGGGUCCAGCAGAGAUUGGCUCGAGACUGGAUUACAGUGAUUCUGUGACUCUAGUAGGAGCGCGGGAGGAUUUCUGAGCUCUUCUUCUGUGCACAGUGGGAAUUAUCCGCCGCCAGAUCCAGGGGUUUCUUUCCUGCGCUGUUGGCGAGUGGGGCUCCGUCGGUGCCGGAGACGGGGGGCUGUUGCAAUGUCAUCUCCCACCACCGCUGUGGGUCUCCGUGGAAGGAAGACGCUGGAAUGAAGUGGCUUGGCAGCAUGCCCCUCAUCAACAAAAGAAAUAAGAGGAGAAGGAGCUGCAGUGGCCUGGGCAGCGGCGUGCUGCUCUCCGUGGCCCUCCUGAUGCUGGUGACCCUGGUGGGGGAGCCGGUGUCUGCUCAGAAGCAGCGGGCCGGCGCAGCGUCCGAUAAAGUUCCAGUGCUGAACAUUGCGGUGAUACUGGGACGCACCCGCUACAUCUCGGACCGGGACAUCCGGGCGCUGUGGAGCAAGGACGAACCCAUUGACGUGAACAUAGUCUCCCUGCUGGUCAACGAGACGGACCCAAAGAGCAUCAUCACGCACAUGUGCGACCUGAUGUCCGGCACAAAGAUCCACGGAGUGGUGUUUGGGGAUGGCACAGACCAAGAGGCCAUCGCCCAGAUUUUGGAUUUUAUUUCCUCGCAGACGCUUAUACCGAUCCUGGGGAUCCAUGGCGGCUCAUCUAUGAUCAUGGCUGAUAAGGAUGUGAAGUCCACGUUCUUCCAGUUUGGGGCUUCUAUCCAGCAGGAGGCGCUGCUCAUGCUCAAUAUCAUGGAGGAAUACGACUGGCACAUCUUCUCGAUUGUGACGUCAAAGUUCCCUGGCUACCAGGAGUUCAUCAACAUACUGAAAACCACUGUAGACAACAGUUUUGUGGGCUGGGACCUACAGAACAUCAUCACUCUGGAUGCGGUGGAGGAGGACAGUCGAUCUCAGAUCAUGCUGAAGAAGGUCCAGUCCCCAGUGGUUCUGCUCUACUGUUCCAAGGAUGAGGCGGUUUACAUCUUGGAGGAGGCUCGCUCUCUUGGACUGACAGGGUUUGGAUACAUAUGGAUUGUUCCGUCCGUCACCACGGGAAACCCAGAAAUUACUCCCGAGGAGUUCCCUUCAGGAAUGAUAUCGGUGUCGUACGACGACUGGGACUACCCCCUGGAAGCUCGGGUUCGGGAUGGUCUGGGGAUCAUAACAUCAGCAGCCGCCGCUAUGUUGGAUGAGUAUGGUGACAUUCCUGAAGCCAAGACGUCCUGCUACGGUCCAUUUGAGAAGACUUCCAAGCUGCCACCCAGUGCCCUGCACAAAUACAUGAUGAAUGUGACGUGGGAAGGCCGAGACUUGUCGUUCACUGAGGAUGGCUACCAAGAAUUCCCCAAACUGGUGGUUAUUGUGCUGAACAAAGAAAGAGAGUGGGAAAAGAUGGGCAAACUGGAGAACCGCAGUCUGAGCCUGAAGUACCCCGUGUGGCCACGGUUCAACUCCUUCGGUGACGCAGAGCUGGACGACAACCAUCUGUCCAUUGUCACCUUGGAGGAGAAGCCGUUUGUUAUCGUGGAGGAUGUGGAGCGGCUGACAGGGACUUGCAUGAGGAACUCUGUGCCCUGCAGGAAGCACAUUAAAGACAACACCACAGAGGGUGGUGGAACUACCAUCAAGAAAUGCUGCAAAGGAUUCUGCAUUGACAUUCUGAAGAAGAUAGCCAAGUAUGUGAAGUUCACCUAUGACCUGUACCUGGUAACCAAUGGCAAACAUGGAAAGAAGAUAAACAAUGUCUGGAAUGGGAUGGUGGGAGAGGUGGUCUAUAAGAAAGCCGUCAUGGCCGUCGGAUCUCUGACGAUCAAUGAGGAGCGUUCUGAGGUCAUCGAUUUCUCCGUCCCGUUCGUAGAAACAGGGAUCAGCGUCAUGGUCUCCCGUAGUAAUGGAACCGUGUCCCCAUCAGCUUUUCUUGAGCCAUUCAGCGCAUCAGUGUGGGUGAUGAUGUUUGUGAUGCUCCUACUGGUGACUGCAAUGGCUGUUUUCAUGUUUGAGUACAUCAGUCCUCUUGGCUUCAACCGAAAUUUGGCACAAGGGAAAGACCCCCACGGGCCUUCUUUUACCAUGGGCAAAGCGGUUUGGCUCCUUUGGGGUCUGGUCUUCAACAACUCUGUUCCGGUGCAAAAUCCAAAAGGAACCACCAGUAAGUUCAUCGUGUCAGUGUGGGCCUUCUUCGCUGUCAUCUUCCUGGCCUCCUACACUGCCAACCUAGCUGCCUUCAUGAUCCAGGAAGAGUUUGUUGACCAAGUAACUGGACUUUCUGACAACAAGUUCCAAAAUCCAUAUGCGUACUCACCACCAUUCCGUUUCGGGACAGUUCCCAAUGGAUCAACGGAGAGGAACAUUAGGAAGAACUACCCAGCCAUGCACCAGUAUAUGGUCAAGUAUCACCAAACCGGAGUCCAGGACGCACUUGUCAGCCUAAAAACAGGCAAACUGGACGCCUUCAUCUAUGAUGCUGCGGUGUUGAACUACAUGGCUGGCAGAGAUGAAGGGUGUAAGCUGGUGACCAUUGGCAGCGGGUACAUUUUUGCCACCACUGGCUAUGGAAUCGCCCUGCAAAAAGGCUCCUACUGGAAACGACAGGUGGAUUUGGCUAUUCUUGCCAUCAUUGGAGAUGGUGAAAUGGAGGAACUGGAAGCACAGUGGCUCACCGGCAUUUGCCAUAAUGAGAAGAAUGAGGUGAUGUCCAGCCAGCUGGAUGUGGACAACAUGGCCGGUGUCUUCUACAUGCUGGCCACUGCCAUGGGGCUCUCACUCAUCACCUUUGUUUCUGAGCAUCUCUUCUACUGGAGGCUCAGAUACUGUUUCACUGGGGUCUGCUCUGGCCGCCCGGGUCUGCUUUUCACCAUCAGUCGGGGUAUCUGGAGUUGCAUUCAUGGAGUCCAUAUUGACAUGAAGAAAAAGACAGACUUGGACUUCAGCCCACAGGACAAAAUGCUGAAGCUCAUCAAAUCUGCUAAACAUAUGAGCAACAUGUCUAACCUGGGAGGGUCUCACAUGAACUCCCCGAAACGUGAGUUCAUGCACUCAGCUGGGCCGAUGAUCAUGGACAUGAUGGCAGAAAAGGGCAACUUCAUUUAUGCAGAUAACCGAAGCUAUGCACCCAAAGAUCUGCUCUAUGGAGACACUGGAGAGCUGCAGGCUUACCUUGCAAACCGCCACAAAGACCACCUCAACAACUACAUCUUCCAAGGAGGCCAACAUCCUCUCACCUUGAAUGAUGCCAACCCUAACUCAGUGGAAGUGGCAGUGAGUGCCGAUUCUGUCCAGGGUAAUGCCAAAAUCCCUCGGACGCUGUGGAAGAAGUCAGUUGAUACAUUGCGUUCAGUUCCCCCAGGGCCUGCUCCCAUGCCCGAUAUGCUAAUGCCAGACCCCAGAUUGUCCAUGAAGACACAGCGUUACCUUCCGGAGGACACGGCGCACUCUGACAUCUCUGACUGCUCCAGCAGGGCGGCCUCUUACAAGGACCCUGAAAACAACAAGCACUUGAAAGCCAAGGACAACUUAAAAAAAAGAUCAGUGACGUCUAAAUACCCAAGAGACUGCAGUGAAGUAGAGUUGUCCUACUUGAAGACUAAACAGGUCACUGGCGGAACCAACCAGAGCGGGAGAGGGGGGGAGAAAAUCUUCACCAUCGACUCUGACCGUGAAAUGAGCCUGCAUUCAGACCCCAUGCACUAUCGCGAGAGCCGUGGACUCGCAGCCGAUGAUUUAGAUUACCCGGAAUUAUAUUCUGACCACAGUGACAACUAUAGAAAAUGUGAACAGCCCAUCAUUCACCUCAACUCUUCCCCGCUGCAUCACACUGACUCAGAUCUCCUGGCAGAGCCAAAUUACUCCAAACACUAUAACAUGAAGGAUAAAAACCUCUCCCCGCAUGAAUCCAUUGACCGAUACAAACAGACACACUGCCGAUCCUGCCUGUCGAAAGUGUCCUCUAGUUACCCACCCACGGGGUCGUACAACACCGCUGUUCCAGCCUCAUCCUCUGCGACGCGCUCGCCCUACAAUCGAUGCGAGGCGUGCCUCCACACAGCCAACUUGUAUGACAUUAGCGAAGACCAACUUCUUGCAGAUCCUUUGGUGAGUCCUACCCUCCACCAACAACAACAGCCGGAUGAGAUGUUUGGGCUUUAUUGGCCUCAGACAGAUGGCCCACAUGUUCAGAAGAGAAACCGCCUGAGGCUCAGUCGUCAGCACUCAUUUGACAACAUAAUGCUCGAAAAGCCCAAAGAUGCAGACCUGGGCCGACCAGCUCGCAGUGUCAGUCUCAAGGAGAAGGAUCGCUUCCUGGACUCCAAAUCUGAUUCGCACUACGCGAACCUCUUUGGCAUGCGUCCCUAUUCUGGAAAACUCUUUGGAACCGGAUCAAGAUCCAUACCGUUUAGCCACAAUUUGGAAGAGAGCAAAAGAAGCAAGUCCUUGUAUCCGGCCCAUGGCUCAGACAACCCUUUCCUCAGUCACUCGCUGAGGGACGACACCAGCAGCAGACUGGUCCAUGGGCGAAGCUCCUCUGAUAUUUACAAACAGCUGGUGGUUGCGUCACCGGCAUCCCUUCUUGGAUCCGCAGCAGUCAAAACACGCAAUGAUGCAAACAAUCUCCGCUCUUCUGUUAAGUCAACCACCUCUUACUGCUCACGGGAUGGACGGAUUGCCAAUGACAUGUAUAAUAAAGAGCAUGUAAUGCCUUACUCAGCCAAUAAGACUAGUGCUUACGCUGCCCCUCGUGGCGUCUUAAACUCAGCCCAGUUCAGCAAUAGACGGGUGUAUAAGAAGAUCCCCAGUUUGGAGUCAGAUGUUUAAAUCAAAUGUGUUUUUUUUCCACCGUACUCCACUCUGGGUUUGUACUAUAAUUUAUCAGCUACUGUCAUUUCCUUAUAUGACAUCAUAACCCAAAAGAACAUGCACGUGUUUUGGUGCGACAUGACUUCUCCCACCUCUGAUUUGCCAUGAUAUCGCCACUUCAGUCCUCUAUCUGCCAUGUACCAAGUUGGUCUCAUGCUCUGCACUCAUGUUUCCUAGUGUUCGGAAGGAAACUUUUACCGAAGAUGAGACAUGGUCCCUGAACUUGGAAGGACACAUGGACUUGGGCAGAAAUGAUUUGUAAUUCGACUGCAAGGUUGGGCUAUACUGAAGUACAAGUAGAAGCAGUAAUGAAUGGAGGGUCUUUUUGCAUUCCUCCUUCACCUUUCCUGUCAGGCUUUAGGGGAUGGUUGUUGCGGAGAAGGGGUCUGACAGGGUGACCAGAUGGGCAUGUUUGAUGUCGCAGCCAGGCAUCGAUGUGUCCCCAGAGUGCAGGGCGUCACAGUGAGCUAGUCCAACGGUCUGUUGCUUGUUACUCUGACAAAUCUGGUCACAGAGACACCUGGCACUGCAUGAGGAGAGACAGUGAGAAGGAAGAGGUGAUAGCAGUGUGCCCUGCACUGAAGACGUGGUUGAUGCUGAAUACAAAUAGAGCAAAGUGGGCAGUGUUGAUGGAAAGGGUUGACAGACCGGAACAGAAGCAACAUAACUGCUUUUUUUCUGUGGCACUUAAAAAAAAGAAUCUGAUUUUUAUUCAUUGAUUUAUUUGUACUCAAGUAGGCUGAAAAUUUUGCAUAUUAACCAGCACAAUAGCCAUCAGACAGUUUUCUUUAGUCUUCUUUCAAAAGUUUCUUUUUUCUAACUUUAGCAUGACCUUCUCUGCUGAAAAGACUUAAAUCUGGCAUCCUGUUAGACGCUUGUAAGAACCUUAAGAAUCCAGUGAUGCUGAAGUGGCUUCUGCAUCCAGGAAUCAACUGAUGUGAGAGGUGAGAGACGCCCAUGAGAAACAGGGUAAUUGUUCAUCCAAACAGUCCUGCCCUCUUCCUUCCCGGCCUUGUCUAGCAACAUGCUUGUGCUGAAUCUGUGGUUGCAGCAGAGCUACCAACCAGAGCAGUCAAAUUGAAGAGAAGAGAACUUGCUGAUCCGCAAUCAAUCAGGGUACUUUCGAGACUGUUUGUUCACUUGGUAACGUUGUUGACAAUAAUGGAUGGAUCCCAGCUGCUUAUGCUGCGAGGUUUUGUGUUUAACAAUCAUCUUUCCUCAUCGGGAUGUGGAGUGAUCUUGUAUGGGAAAGCCUGAGCUCUGAUGCGUUCUUUUGUUAUGUUUUCGAGAGACACCUUCAUGCAUGCCCUCACACUUUGCUGCCUCCCACCUGUACAGAAGUGUACAGUCAAAAGAAGAACGACCUCUUCACAUCUAUGAUUUCCGUGAGAGAUUGGAUUCUAAAAGCCAAUUUUCUUUCCUCCAAUACAAUACCUCAGGAUGUUUCUGUGCAUUUUGAGGACAAUUUUGUAGGAAAAUGAAUGAAAAGACAAAAAACACCUUCGCCAGUCCAAGGUCUUCCAGUUCAGCUUAAAACCCAUACUCAUGCUUGCAGACGGAUGUGGCGGGUUGUUAAAAGUGGGGCUCCCCCACGUCGCCGACCGAAAAGCUUCCCAGGAAUCUCUCUUCGAAUCUGUUUACUCCGAGUUUGUAGCCACUGUGUUUCGAUUGAGGCUCCGCAGUCAUAUCACCUUUUGUACUCUUGUAAUACUGCAGCAAACAUCUCCCUGCUUCCGAAUCAGCUCACCCAAAAGAUGGAUGAGAAGAAACCUCCUCCUUUUUUCAUUAAUAUUAUUGACAUAUUUAUCUCCACAUGCUGCUUGUGUGAGCUGACAAGAGAACAAUAUGCACAUGUAAAAAUAUCAAAUGGCACCCUCACAGUUUGUUUUGUUCUAUCUACUUUGACCAGAUGUUUGACUGACUGAUGCUGUCUUUUUGGUUUUGUUCAUACACACAACCUUUGUGAUGACAUCCUUGCUCUUUUUUAAUGAAAAAAAAAUGUAUUUUAAUUACAUUUAAUGAUGAAUAAUGAGGUGAUGGCAUGCAACCCCAGAUGUAACAAUUUUAAUGUUUUAUGUUUCUAUUUUGUUUGUUAUUCUGUUAAGAUGUUAUGAUCACUAAUGCGUUGUAACCAGGUGUGAGUAUAUACAUAUUUGAGAGAAGAAGAAAAAAAAAUAUCUGUUGAAAUCAAUGAAGAUGCUGCUGCUGUUUUGGGGGGCGGGAGAAGGAAAAAGGACCUGACCCUUUCUACAACUUCCUCAUUGGCUGAUGGGUCCUUAUCAGUCACAUUUUGCCCAAUGGGGUCGCAGGUCAGAGGUUAGGGUUUGGAUUGACAAGGCGGGACAUCCUUGCUCUUCCUCCAAUGGCAGGUGAGAUAUAAUGUAUCACCAGCUGUGCUUCUCUCUUCCCUCCUUCACCUGUAGUCAGGACUUCAACUGAAAAGAAGAUGGAAAGAAGCAACCCUCUACUUUUGAGUCUGCUAUCCCUCCAAAGAUACAAGACUUCUUACUUUAUGGUUUGCUGUAAGAAUAGUGCUUUUUUUAAGCUAAUACGUCCUCAAAGACUUUUACGGAACUAUUUUGAAUAUAUUUAGAAUACGACACCUGUAUACAUCACUUGUAAAUUCAUACUGGAAUACAUCAUCAAGGAGAAUUAUUAAUGAUGCAGAGUCAAAACAAUAUUUUUUGUGUGAAUUUCACAGAAGCUCUUCUGUACAGUGGCACUAUUUCUCUAACUCGCAGUCUCUCUCUCUCUCUCUCUUUCUCUCUCUCUCUUUCUUCUUUCUUGUAGAGCAACUAGAAUUAAACUUCACCAUUCACAAGGAUUACUGUCCUGUUCGAAGUGCAGUUCUUGAUGUCUGAUGAUGUUUGCAAAAACAUGACUCACUGAAGCUUCCCCAGAUGUUCUCUUUGCUCGCAGUGGAAUCAUAGCUUCUCUGUUGUUUCCACAUUUCUAGAAUCCACGUCUGCCACUGUGUCAUUUUGGGGCAGUUACAAGAUUCAUUUCAGCAAGUUAUCCGGCUAAAACCCCCUAUACGGCUUCACGACCGCUGCAGUGUUGACUUCUCGAAACUUGUGCAUCAGACACAGUCGAUCCAUCAUCCAAUAGAAUGUGUUGUUGAUACUCUUUUCUGUGCUUAGGUGAAUGACUAAAUUGAUUUUCCCAUCAGCAACCGUGAAGGACCGAAAAAGAUGCCUUCAUCUUUGUUGUGUUACACAAGAGUCGAGGAAUUGAGAUAACACUCUGAAUACGCACCAUACUUCAACAAUAGAAGCCUGAAUGACUAAGAAGGUGGAAUAGAGAUUCCAGCGUGGUAAACCACCAAUUCUUCUGGUUGAAUCUUGUGCUCACACAAGUGGAUGCUGACACAAGCUCAACCAUAAUAGCUCAUAGUCAUAAUGCUAAGUAAGGUAACGAAAAUGAAAGGGACACAUCGGUCCAAUAUGAGUGUCGAGAAUACCUUCCCCUUCUGAGGUCACUUUAAUGGCUUGACCUGCAUUUCAUUCAAGUGAAUUUCCACAAGUCAUUGUUGUGCAAUCCAAUGCUAAAACGUCCAACACCUGAGGACAUAAAACGCGAGUCAUCACGGCGAGUCAAUAUCCAUGAAGCUGCCAGAUUUCCAUGUCUAGAAUGAUUUCCCACCAAUUGUUAGUGGAGCUUCGCGCCAUGUGUUCCUUGACUGAACUAGGUAGAACAUUAGCAACAAGUUGAAACAAUAAGUUUAGAAUCCACUAUGGAUUGAAUUGAAUUCGAAAAAAAAAAAAUCAUUCCGAAAAAUUAUGUUUUGAUGCCCUGUU